AUGCUUGUUGUUUAUCUACGUUACGGUAUUGCAAUGAAACCAGUAUUCAGGUGUGAAUUGGUGCUAUUAUUUGCUCCCAUAUUCACGCCAGUCCUUCUGAGUGGGCGGUUGCCUCUGUUUGGAUGGGACGGAGCACUUCUAAAUGGCUUGAGGACUGCGAUUCAAGUUCUAACUAUCUCCAUCCCCAUCGAUUCGCUACUUUGGGGACGGCCUAUUUAUCCUGAAUUUGAGGUUGCCGUCUUCAACAUACUGAAGAAUAGAAGCCAUGAAUAUGGGCCGCCUUUCUUUAUGCUGGAGCAAGAAAUUAUCCUGGUGGAGAUGCAAUCGCACAUCUACAGGCAUUCAUUACUUAGAGAGCUGCAAUUUAUUUUUUGGACACAAAGAAUUGAUGCGAAGAAGCCUAUGUCAGUCUACAUCGACAAUGCCUGCGCUCAAACUGGAGUGAGCCGUUUUAUGCAGCUCUACGAUGCUUGGGAGUACGUUGCAUUUUUGUUUCAGUAUAACAAAACCGAAACCCUUACUCCGGAAGAUAUGGAGAGGUUCGAUUUCCUCAUGAUUGGCACUUACACUGGAAACCUCAAAGAUAUCGUUACAAAAAACUACAGUACCUAUCAUAGAGUUAUGUUUGCCAUUCCAGCUUUCCAUAGGUUUACUUUGAAGUGA